AUGACUCACGAGGUGCAAGUAGGGGGAUUGGAAAAUAUUGGGCUUGUUAAGAGAGAUGUCUAUAAUUAUCUAAGGGACGUGCGUGGAGAGGUGAUUGGCCAUGAUGCAGAGCUGCUUAAGGAGCAUUUUAUGGCUAUGCAAGAAAAGAAUGAAUCCUUUUAUUUCAAGAUGGAGGUAGAUUCGGAAGGAAGGAUGGGUAAUGUUUUCUGGUCAGAUGCAAGGUCAAGACGAGCUUAUGGGUUUAUUGGAGAUGUGGUGGUAUUUGAUACGACGUUCAACACGAAUCGCUAUGGGAUGGUCUUUGCACCUUUGUUAGGCGUUAAUAACCAUCGGCAGACAGUGUUGUUUGGCUGUGCAUUCCUAACUAGUGAAACCAUGGAUUCAUUUGUAUGGUUGUUAGAGGAAUUCAAGAAAGCCAUGCCGGGUGAGCCACCCAAAAUGAUCAUGACUGAUCAAGAUGCAGCCAUGUCAAAGGCAAUUGUUGUAACUCUCCCGACAACAUUCCAUCGAUAUUGCAUAUGGCAUAUCUUGAAUAAGAUUACAGAGAAACCCGGCAUUGGAGAAUGUUUUUCGGAAAUGAACAAAUGCAUAUGGGGUAUGGACAAGAAAGAAGAAUUUGAUGCGAAAUGGGAGGAAAUCAUCACAAACAAUGGGCUGCAAGACCAUGCGUGGCUGAGCUCAAUUCAUGCUAUGCGGGAGAAUUGGGUUCCAUCAUAUGUAAAACAUGUGUUUUCGGCUGGGAUGUCAAGUAGUUAA